GCGCAAAGUUCCAUCCUUAAUACAGCCUUGUGGCCGCGUAAAAUAUAUAGUUUUCGAGCGUUAAGAACGAAUUGAACAAUAUACAAAAACGAGCAAUUGCUUUUUUUUCCACCUUACUUGUAAACUAUUUUCUGUACCUUAAAAAUAAGUUCUUAUAAAGCAUGGAAAAUUCGGUUCUCCUUUCUUUUGAUUCGACAGCUCCAUCCUUUAACCACUUGGCGAAUAGCGACACUUCCAACUCCGACUCCAACGCCAGCUCCAGCUCUAGUUCUACUUCGAGCUCCAGCUCCAACUCUAGUUCUAGCUUGAGUUCCAGCUCCAGCGAAUUAACGUCGUCCAAUACUACCGACGCAUCCGCAGACAGAUCAAGCAUUCUACAGUCCACGCAGGAGGAGAGCUCCUUGAAUAUGAACCAUGAUGAGUCCCACUCACAAGCCGACUCGACUGCCUCGCUAGAUUCGCCCUCGCAAGAUUACUUUUUGCAGCUCAGAAAUCUUUCUGUGAAUGUAGCCCAAAUGGAAGCCGAAAUAGAUCGCCUAAAUCACUACUGUGAAGGAAUUGUGGCUGGCCACGACACCCUACAAACAUUAACCUCAACACCAACUAUACUGCGUGGUAACCGUCGCCGCAAUACCAUGAGUCCUGUGGAAGUGAUAGACCUGUCAGAUUUUGAGUUCAUACCGCCGAAUCGAUCAGCCCGAAAUCGGGCUCCCGAAGCUGUGAUCGACUUGUGCACUCCAGACGGACCCAGAAGACGUCAACCGAACGCUUCAUCGAAUGGCUCGUUUACAGUUCCGACUCGUCGGCGUAGUCUUGCCCAAAGGAACGAAAGCUGUCCGAUCGUGGAUGUCGACGAAGUUACUCCACCCAAACGCGUACACCACGAUGCCGAGUUGUCCCAGAGGGAGGAUUCCUACAAGUGUCCGGUCUGCAUGGAGAGUGUGACCAAGCGCGAACCAGUGUCAACCAAAUGUGGUCACGUGUUCUGUCGAGAAUGUAUUCAAACUGCUAUAAGCUCAACGCACAAGUGCCCGAUGUGCAACAAAAAGCUCACGGCACGUCAAUUCUUUCGUAUUUAUUUGUGAAAUGCUAAUCCCGCUUUAUUAUGAAGUCGCUCUAUGAGCUACAAAUUACUUUUGCAUUAUCGUCUUAAAAUACCUUGUUAUGCUAAAAAAAACGGCAAAUGAAUGUCUGCUCUUGUGAUUUAUAUACGAGUAGUUUUAGGUUUUUUUUGUAUCCAGUCCACCAAAUAAUAUUAGUUUAUAAGCAUUAAAAUAAAACUUAUCUAGCUAUAGAUCAAA